GUUGUCAAAUUGGCCAGCAGAGAAAUGGCUCCUCCCCGGACAUGGGAUAUUAAAAAGUGAAGCGUCCCCAAUGAAGUUUUUCAUUUCCACAACCGCAUUGAGAGCUGAGGUACAGACGUCACACCUGAAUGGUCGUUGUGCAGAAAUGAGGUGGUUUGCUGCGCUGUGUCUCCUGCUCCUGCAGACUGGAGCUCAUGGAUUUGACGUAAAUGAACAAGACGCAUCGCUGAGUCAUCAGGAGAUCACUGAAGCUGCACUCUUAGAGGUCACAUUGGAGGUUUGCCGUGCCGUGGCCAAGGCCGCAGGCAAAGACAUCAAAGAGCCUUCAGGGUCUCUGACUGCUACAUCGGUUGCUGUUGCAUGUGAAGCAAAAAAAUCUUCCAAAUCUUUCAGCAAUGCUAUCGAAGUGAUCAAAGACGAGAACGUGGGAGUUGACCAGCGCUUUUUCUGGAGCUCCCGUCACCACUUUGAUGCUGAACAAUUUACAAAGGGAAAGAAACUGGUCACGGAUGGCAUCGCCGCUGUGAAGGCCAACAACAAACUCCAAAAAUAUGAAGCGGCAAGAGAGAGACUGGGACAGUUAUUCCACACUUUACAGGAUUUCUACAGUCACAGUAACUGGGUGGAAAUGGGAAACAAGAAUCCAAAUACCAAUCUGAUCAAAGUUAACGCGGACAUUGGAAAAACAGCAGAUAAAGACAGAGCGACUUGUCGGAGCUGUGUUGGAGACGACUGCAAGAACAACAUUUUGGAGGAUAUCUUAAAGGAAAAAAUUCUAACCACAGGAUAUUUUGAUGCUGUUCUUCCAUCCAGCAAACCUGCAGGUAAAUGCAGCCAUGGAGGUAAAUUUGAUAGAACAAGAAAAAUGGACCCUAAAGGUGGGAUCAACAAAGACACGCUUGAUUCUGAACAUGGACAUCUUCACAAUCAAGCAGCAAAUGUGGCCAUAGCUGCAACCAGUGAAGUACUGCAGGACGUUCGAGCAGCUGCUGGUGACAAAGAAUUCCUACAGAUGAUGGGAAUCAAAAAAGGAAAACCUCUUUGCUUUGUGAUUGACACCACAGGAAGCAUGGGCAAUGACAUUUCCACAGUGAGAACUAUCACCGCUUAUAUAAUUGACAGUAAAGCGGGAACAGAUGACGAGCCUUCAGAUUACGUUCUUGUACCAUUCAAUGAUCCAGACUUUGGUCCACUGACAAGGACCACAGAUGCAGAUGACUUCAAGAAUGCCAUCUAUUCAUUGUCAGCAGUUGGUGGAGGAGAUUUCGCAGAGAUGAGUCUUUCAGGACUUCAGUUGGCUUUAACUGGUUCUCCUCCAGGUUCUGAGAUUUACGUCUUCACAGAUGCAUCUGCUAAAGAUGGGCACCUGUUAGGCACAGUGCUCGCACUCAUAGAGCAAACCAGAUCAGUGGUGACGGUCCUGAUUACUGGCUCCCUGGGGUUACGUCGUCGAAGAGAAACUCUUGACGACAAUCCCCUAGGCUCCGUGUACAAACAGCUGGCCGAAGCUUCAGGAGGUCAGGCUAUUCAGGUCACCAAAAGUGAGCUGGCUGAGGUCACCAGCAUUAUAACAGAUACCUCCAGUUCCUCUGUGGUCAAGCUUCUUCAAGCUUCCCGGAAUGCUGGAAACCCCGAUAAUUUCACAUUUUCGGUGGACGAUUCAGUGAAGAACCUGACGAUGUACAUCACAGGGCGCUCUCUCUCCUUUACUAUCACCAGUCCUUCAGGUGUAACUCAGAGCAGCACUGACACGACCGGACCACUGGUCAUUUCCUCCAGCACAGUCGGAAACUUCCAGACUGUGAAGCUUAACACACAAGUGGGUGUGUGGAAAGUUGAAAUGGUGUCAACAAGUGCCUACAAUCUGAAGGUCGUGGGUGAGAAUCACAUUGACUUCCUGUUUACCUUUUUGAAGGAUUCAGAGAGCCCAUAUGGAGGUUUAGAGGUCUUAUCCAAUCGUCCAAGAUCUGGUGAAAAUACUACCUUGAGGGUGACGGUAACCGGGAGUGACUCCGCCACGGUGACAGAAGUAACUCUGGUUGAAUUUUUCACGUCAGUGAUGGUGAACGGCAGCGUGGAGGAUCAAGGUAAAGGGGUCUUCCACGUUCGAUUUGACACGAUACCAUCAGAUGAUUUUGUGGUGUUGGUGAUGGGACAGACCAACACCAGCUCCACCAGAAAUAGUGCCACAUCCUUCCAAAGGCAGUCAUCCUCCUCUAUCAAGGCUUCUGCUGUGUCAGUUAGCAUUACUCUUACAAACAGGGUUGCAGAACCAGGAGUAUCAUUUUCCGUUCCUUUCUCUGUGUCGACCAGUGGGACGGGAGGAAACUUCACCAUCACAGCUACUAAUGACCAAGGUUAUAGCUCAUCUUUCCCGCCCAGUUUAUCCCUGCCGACUGGAGGCAGUGCUAACAGCACGGGAACAAUCACAGCACCGCCUGACACUCCGUCUGGUACUGACGUCACCCUGACCAUUGAGGCGACUUCUCCAGGCGGGGACACCAACUAUGUCGUGCUGCGUUUAACCGUCCUUGUCCCGGUGACUGAUGUCACUGCGCCAGUGUGUCAGCUGUCCAAUGUGACUGACAGCUGCUCAGACAUCUGCACUGAAUCUACGUGGGGGGUCUCUCUGCAGGUGCGCGAUGAGGUCAGUGGGACAGGCAUUGAUAGUAUCACCUUCAGACAAGGUGAAGGGACCUUGAACACCACCCUGCUCUCGGGCACCGACAGCAUAAUGCUGCUGACCUACAAUGCGUCCUGUUGCUCACCUGAUGUGGAAAUAAUAGCUGUGGAUAAUGUGGGUAAUGUAAAGUCUUGUUUCUUCUCUGUCCGGAGAGCGACCACCGCGAUGAGCACUACACUCAUCACAACCACCACAGCCAUUCACAACAUCUACACCAAAUCUACCACAGCCGCUAACAACUACAGCACCAAAUCUACCACAGACGCUAACAACUACAGCACCAAAUCUACCACAGACGCUAACAACUACAGCACCAAAUCUACCACAGACGCUAACAACUACAGCACCAAAUCUACCACAGACGCUAACAACUACAGCACCAAAUCAACCACAGACGCUAACAACUACAGCACCAACUCUACCACAGACGCUAACAACUACAGCACCAAAUCUACCACAGACGCUAACAACUACAGCACCAAAUCUACCACAGCCGCUAACAACAACAGCACCAACUCUGACACCACCACCACCACCAUUGUUACCACUCCGUCCAAGACAUCAUCAGCUGCUGUGCCGUUGUCUACCGGUGCAGCUCAGCUCUUUGUACUUUUCCUCAGUGCCAUAAUUCUAAGCCUCUGUUAACUCAGUCAGUCUAAACGUCUUCCUGUGGGUAAAGAAUUAACUUCAAUGCAGUUGCCCAUUUAAAACCUAUGGGUUGGAAAGUAAUUAAUUACAUUUACUCGUGUUACUGUAAUUGAGUAGGUUUUUUGUGUACUUUUUAAAGUCAUUUCUUAAAAUUUGUAAUUUUACUUUUACUUAAGUAAAAAAGUAAGUUUUUUUUUUACUGUACUUCACUACAUUUUAAGUCACAUGCAUUACUGAGUAAAAGAAAACGUUGGCAUGUAAUAAGAAUAAAAAAAUACACACACCAGAAACUUGAUGAGAGGUGAAGGAGGAUGAGGACAGGUGAAUUGGCACUAAUUAAGGUCCCUGAGUGAGUGACAUUUGUGACCUUUGACCAAUUUGGACUGAUUUGGACAAUCUGGAUUUUGUUUGCAUAUUUUAUUUUUUUCAGCAUUUAUCAUUUGUAAAGGUUUGUCUUUAAUUAAAAACUAAUGUGAGCUAAUGUGA